AUGAAGACGUACUUGUCCGCUGCGGCGGUCUUACUGCCUGGGACUUUGGCACAGUUUAUCAAUGCUCCGACAGACCUAACCAGCAAAGAAGGAUCAGCUGGCUACACUGUGAGGUACAAGGAGGUUCCUAGUGGGAUCUGCGAGACGGUCGAAGGAGUGAAGAGCUAUUCUGGCUAUAUCGAUGUGGCCGAUGAUAGACAUCUCUUCUUCUGGUUCUUCGAGGCCCGCAACCAGGAUCCUACAACAGCACCUCUUACCAUUUGGAUCAAUGGAGGCCCUGGCGAUCCUUCACUGGUCGGACUCUUCUCUGAGAACGGGCCUUGUUCGAUAGAUUACGAUGGCAAUCUGCAGUACAAUGAGUACUCUUGGAGCAAUUCCAGCAAUAUGCUCUACCUGGACCAGCCAGUAGACACGGGCUUCAGCUACUCAAUCCCACUCAAUGCAUACACAUCCGCGGAUGGAUACAUAGUCACACUUCCAGAUGCGACCUGCCCUGACUACGCCCCAGCUGACUCCUGCGGCACGCUCUCAUCAGCAAACGCAAGCCUGACAGCCAACUCAACUCCCUCAGCAGCACCAGACUUCUACGCCGCUCUGCAAGGCUUCACCGGUGCAUUCCCGCAGUACUCCAGCAACGGCAUCCACCUCGCCACAGAAAGCUACGGCGGGCACUACGGCCCCAUCUUCGCAGACUAUAUCCUCUCACAAAACGCCCUGAACACAGCCGGCACCACCCAAAGCGACCUCCGCUCCGUGGCAGUCGGCAACGGCUGGUUCGACCCCAUCACGCAAUUCCAAGCCCACUAUAACUUCACCGUCUCCCCAGGAAACAACUGGAACUUCAAACCCUUCAACACCUCCUCCGAAGCCCAGCUCUACAACGCCCUCUACGGCGAAGGAAACUGCCUCGACCAACUGCUAGACUGCAACGCCCGUGGCGACGACGGGAUCUGCUCCGCGGCAGAUAACCUCUGCUACCAGGAAGUCGAGUACCUCUACGAUACCGUGACCGGCAGGGACGAAUAUGACCUGCGAUACCUUUCUCCCAACCCCUUCCCGCCUACCACCUGGGUGAGCUACCUCAACCGCCCGGAGGUCCAGCAGGCGAUCGGCGCGUUCACGAAUUUCUCCUACUCCGUCACGAACCUCGGGACAGGAACCGUCGCCACGGCGUUUGGGACUACGGGCGACGACGCGAGGGUUUUCGAUAUCCCAGCUAAGAACAAGAAGUUGGUGGACGAGGGGGUGUACGUCGUGCACUACAAUGGCGAUGCGGAUUAUAUGUGCAGUUGGAUCGGCGUCGAAGCCGUCGCCACCUCCAUCGACGCGCCAGGCUGGUCCGGCGCCGGGUACGAGAACCUCACGACGUCCGACGGCCAGGUCCACGGCGUCGUCAAGCAGUCUGGGAAAUACAGUUUCGUCAGGAUCUAUGAUGCUGGGCAUCAAGUCCCCUUCUACAAGCCCCUAGCUGCGUUGACCUUGUUUGAACGAAUGCUGAAGCAGACGGAUAUUGCUACGGGAGAGGAGAGUGUGGAAGGGUAUGUGAGUGUUGGGCCGGCGAGGAGUACUUAUCAGAAUGACAAUUCGACGAUUCAGAUGGAGGUGGUGGAUGAGAGUUGUACUUACAAUACGGAGACGGAUUUUCCGGAGUGUGGAUCUGCUGGCACUCGGUAG